AUGACUAAGUCGAGGAAGCAAAAGUUAAAGAAACAAGAUUUUUUGAAAAAGAAAUUGAAAGUUGGUAAGAAAACUGCCAAACCAAGUAAUUUAACUGACACAUCCUUUGUGGCAAAGACAAUUUCAGUUAAAAACCAACAUUUGGAUGACGAUCACCAUAAUGACUUAAGUAAAAGGUUCCCCUUAUUAAAACAUCACAAUUCGACGGUAAGAAAAGAAACAUUGAAUAUAUAUUUUAAAGCUCUUCCAGAGAUUAUAAAGACUAGAUUAAUGGUUCCUUUAUUGACACAAGCGAUACCACUAAUCUGCGAUGAUAGCAAAGAUGUACGAGAUGCAUUAAUCGAAUUACUGGAAGGUAUCGGUGAUUUAGAUCCACAUGUUCUUAUAUUGCACUGCAAUGUGUUUGUUUUAUAUAUUAAUAUGUCAAUGACCCAUAUUAUUCCACGUGUCCAGGCUGAUUCAAGCAGAUUUUUGAUGUGCUUAUUGAAAUAUUGUGGUGAUGAGAUUGUUAGAAGGGCUUGGUUGAAAUUGAUGCAAGGGCUGUUGAAUCUUUUAGGGUGGAAUACAAAAGUAGGUACAAAUCAAGCAUCUGGUGUACUUCAAACCAGAAAGAAAGAUUUAAAGUUUACGAAGGCUCAUUUGGAGACGUUAUUUCAUUUAGUUGAAUUAGGGUGUACGGAUCAGUCCAACAUAAGAGACAAAGAAACAUCAUCAGACGAUAAUAAUUUGAUAGAAAAAAAUAAAUAUUUAAUUCCAAAUUUCCCCCAACCUUUUGAACAUCUCAAAUUGUUUGAAAGACAAUUAAAGCAAUAUGGCAAUGUAACUUUUGAAAGUAGUAAUAAUGGAUCUACCGCGAACAAAUCUAGAAUAACAAUUGCUGGUACUAGUAAUAAUACUAAUACCACUAGCACCAAUAGUAAUAAAAUGGGCACAGGUCUGUUUACUGUGACUACAAAUUCCUUGGCAAAUCAAGAUUUGGAGAGCCGUCAAUCUAUAUUCCAAUCGAACUUCCAAGAAACCAUUUCAAAACAAUGCCAAUUACUUAUUAAAGAAGGUGGAGAAUGUGGUAAAGCUGCAAAUAAUCUUCAAAAUUUGAUUUCACAGAUAUCUAGCUGA